UAUGGGUGGGCGCACAGAAGUGUGUAUGUGUGCAUGUGUGUGUUCAGGUGUGAGCAUUGGCCUUGGAGCUGGAUUCAGAGAGAAGUCAGCGUCCGGACAGUGUGGCAGGCAAAGAGCACGUCAGAGCUCUCUGAGGGGGCCCUGACCGCUGAACAUGGGGCCAACGCACUGAGGGCCCCCCAGACGAAAUAGAAAAAACAAAGAGGAGUGGAAAAUAAUCGAGAAAAAGAAGAAAAGCUAAAAAAAAAGAUAUAGAGAGCAGAACAAUGGUUGCAGAGGAAGUGAUAAUUACAUUGUCCGAUGGAGCGCCGUGGGGCUUUCGUCUCCAGGGAGGCUUGGAGCAUCAGAAACCACUGCAGGUGGCAAAGGUGCGUAAACGCAGCAAGGCAGUGCAGGGCUGGGCUUCAGGAGGCUGAUGAACUGCUGUCCAUCAACGAACAGCCAUGUGGAACGUUAUCCCAUGCCCAGGCCAUGGACCUCAUCGACAGCUCCUCUGGGAUAUUACACAUCCGGGUCAAAAGGGUGCCUGCUGGUUUUCAGUCCGUGGUUCUUGUGACCCGCGCCCCAUCGCCCCGUAUAGACAAAGAGUACCGUGCAGCUCUGCGUGCCAUGUCACCAAACCACUCCCACCACGCACCAGUCCGUGAAAUCCACCGUAGCCACUCUUCCAUAACCAGCGGAUUGACAUCUCCACCUGGUAGUGAGGCUUACUACGGCGAGACUGACAGUGAUGCAGAUGUGGCAGGCUUCGAGAGGCAGCGCCGGCAGAAACGGCGCAGCCCCAGCAACUCCAACCCGGGAAAACCAACAGGACGAGCCUCCCCAGAGGGCGGGGAGACGUCAGAGAUGAGUGGCUAUGACAGCGCUCCAGAUGCACAUGGUUACCCCCGUUUGUUGGAUGGAAGUGGGGGAGAUGGAGAUCGAGGAGGGGGGCUACUGGGGGUGGCACGGAGGGAGGUGAUUUACCAGGCGCCUGCUCCAGGAAUGUGGUCCUCCCAGACAUCCACUGAGACCUCCUCCAUCAUCUCCUCAGCAGAUGACCAGGGGCCACGGGAUGGAGGGCAAGAGGAGGAUAGUGGCUUUCUAGAGAUAGCAAAUGUGCCACUGGUAUCCCCUGAGAGGGCAAAGGAGGCUCUGUUGCUGGGCUCCCGCAACCAGCUUGUACCCAUGGUGGGUCCUGUGAAUACUCCCAUUGAUGAGGAGUUGACAACAACCUACAUGGAAAAGGCCAAACAAGCUAAACUGAACCGAGGAGAUACUCAGCAAGACAAGCAUGUAAAAGAAGCCAAAAGCAAGUGUCGAACAAUUGCAUCCCUACUGACUGAUGCUCCCAACCCUCACUCAAAGGGGGUGCUGAUGUUCAAGAAGAGGCGACAGCGCUCCAAAAAGUACACCCUCACCAGUUUUGGUAGUGUGGACGAGGACAGGUGUCAGGACUCACAAGAAGAGGAUGGAGCAUUCCCUGGCAGCGAAUCAGAGUUUGAUGAGGAUGGCUUCUCUGCAGUUCCUGACCCAACUUGGGAUAGUGAUUACUUGGAUAUGCUGGAGAAGAGGGCAACUGCAGGCACUGAAGGUCGUGGGGAUGGGGCAGAGGAUGCUCCAAGUCAAGGGUUGAGUAACACCACAGGCAAGGGCGCCCAGUUGUUUGAGCAGCAGAGAAAGAGGGCUGCUGAGCAUGCCAAGAAGGUAGAGGCGGCACAACCUCAGGCUCCUCCACAGUUUCAAGUCCAGGGGCAGGCUCAGAUGUAUCAGUUGCAUCCAGAAAUACAACCACAGAUGCAGCCAAACCUCCAGCCUCAGCAGAUGAUAGUAUCUGACCCUAGAGCCAUACAGCAAGAGCAGUCUCAGGCUCAAGGUCAAGUUGCAGCCUAUGGAAUGUCUAAUGGGGACCUAUCAUACUCUGCAGUUAGUACAGCUAGCAUGAUGAUGUCACCUCCACCUGUGGCACCCAGACUGGCCACUGCCUCAGUGACUGUUCUGAACAGACCUGCACCACCAGCUGAAACACCAUUACCAGAACUACCUGCUAGCAAUGUUCUCAACAGAACGGCACGUCCUUUCACUCCUGGCUUUAUCAGCAUUCGAGCUGCGACUGCUCCUGUAGCGUUCCGACCAUCUAUCUCAAACAUGAGCCAGCGUCCUGCCUCAGCAGCUGUUAUGCCAUCAACAUUCUCCACUGCCUCUGAACUAGCCAUGACAUCAGUAACAUCACAGCUACCCCCAGGUCAACCGUCAGUGUUCUCCCCACCAUCCUUUGUACAUCAAGGUCCCUUGGCCUUGACACCAGAAGGUCCUACUAGCUUUAACCCUCCAGUCGCCUCCACCUAUGUAGAGAAAUUGCAGUCAUCACCACCAAUAACUGCUGUUUAUCAGGCUCCAUUUGUAGCUGUGCCCCCAGUGUACAUGCCCUCAAUGCCCAUGGCUCCACAAGCACCAAUGGUACCAGCCCCUGCUCCUCCUGUAUAUCAAAUACCUGGUUCACCUAACCCAGUUGCCUCAGUGCCUCCACUUCAAGUUCCAGUUGCUCAGCCACGUCCAUCUCAUUUUCCCAUGGUGCCUGUAGCUACAGUGUCAGUGGUCUCUCAGCCAGAAAUUGUAGCUCCAACCCCUUUUCUUGGUCCAACAGGUCGCACAGGAAUCUUACUCGACUCUCGACGCCGUGGUGUCAAACCCAAACCUAUGUUCAAUGUGCCAGAUAUCAAGAAGUACUCCCCCAAUCCUGACCUAUUGUGUAUGGUGCAGAACCUGGAUGACAGGUCCACCCGACACAAAUAUGGUCAACUACCUUCUGAGGAUAUUUAUGAUGAAGCAGAGGAGAGGAGUGGUGAGGCUGGCAUGGGGAGGGCGCCUCCACCAGUUGCACCCAAGCCUCGGGUCAUUCACGAAGCACCACAGAUUCUUCAGGCUGGGGGUAAGGGGGCCCAGCUGUUUGCCCGCAGACAGAGCCGCAUGGGUAUGUAUGUAGUGGACACCCCACCCGAGACCCCUUACCAGCAGGAAGUGGCCUCGCACAGUGUAUCCCAACCCCUUGACUCCUUCAACAAUCCUUACCCUCUUUCUCAGUGGAAAUACUCCCCGAAUGUCCGUGCUCCUCCACCCAUUGGGUACAACCCACUCGUGGCCCCCUCUAUCCCUAUGGGGCCUCAGAGGAACACAGGUAAGCCAGAAAGCAUGGGUAGAGGUGGCUCCCAAAGAGAGGGCAUCAAAGCUCUGGAUUUCAUGAGAAGGCAGCCCUACCAGCUCAACUCUGCCAUGUUCAACUAUGGGGGCAGUGUUGCUAAUCUAUCAGCCAUGCCUUCUUACCAGGUCCAGAGGCAGCAGCAGGGUGACUACACAACAACAACAAUGGUGGGCAGCUCAUUAACCUCCCCUAAGCAGAUCCCAAUCAAAACAGCCCGUGUCUUCGAGGUGAAACGAUUCUCCACACCAACACCGAUGUCAGCUCCCUCUCUGGCUCCCAUGGUCAUUGCACCUCGCUCAGCCACUUCCCUCGGAGAACGUUUGACUUAUUCCGGUAUGAUCUCCCCACCUGCUGCUCCUUUCACUCCAACCUUAGCCACUCUUUUGACACCAGCACCAGUCAGUGCCGCAACGUCAGCUUCACAUCCCUCCCAACCAGCUGGACUGCCCGGCCUCCCAAAAUUCUCUGCAACACCUAUUCCACACCAUGUGCCCCCUGCAGUCCCUACACCUUACACUCCAGUAUCAUACACCACUGGGCUCCAGGGAGCCAAGCAGUUCCAAAGUGCUCCUGAGCUCAGUUUCCUUGCCUCUUUGCCCCCAAUCAAGUCCGACCCAGUUCAGGCACCCAAACCACGUUUUGUUGCCACCAAGGGAGGCGUUCAGCCCCAUGUCUGGAGGCCAGGGGCAAUAUCACCAGCAUUGAGCCCUGGGUCUCUUCUUCUCUGUUUGGUAUUUAUAAGUCUGUCUCUCCUCCCAGGAUUGCAACAAAAAUCCGUCAUGCCUCUGGGGAAACCUGCCAUGCUAAACAAGCGGAAAAAGCUCACCAAGAUCAUAACUGACCUAUCACAUAUCCCUCAGGAUGAGUAUGAGUCAGAGCCAGAGGCGUCAGAGUUCGACCUGGGAACAAAGAUCAGGACUCCUAAAGACAUCAUGCUGGAGGAGCUUUCCCUGCAGAAUAACAAAGGCUCCAAGAUGUUCAGGAGGAGGCAGAAGAGAGUGGAGAGGUUCAUCUACGAGAACAACCCUGACAUCUUCAGCAGUGAGUCUAUGGACAACCUCCAGAAGUUUGUUCCCGCUCUGGGAGGUCAGAUGGGAAGUGACAUGAUAAAUGUUGGUGGGCAUUUUGUUAGCAAACAGGCUGGACAGCUGCAUUAUGUAGGGUUGAACACCAAAGGCGGGGCCCCUGUGCCUCCUCCGAAGCCUGGAAGCAAAGGUGCAGGAGCAGGAGCAGGAGCAGGAGGACUGGGUGGGGGUGACCAUGGGAAAGGUGGACAAGGAGAAGGAGAAGGACAUAGUGAGUGGUCUCCACUAAAAGGUGGAGGAAGCGAUGAUGUAUCUAAGAAGCUGCUGCUUUUGAAGUCAUACGUGUCGCCAUGGGAGAAGGCCAUGAAGGGUGAUCAAACUCUGAUAGCCACUCUGAAAUCUGGAAUGCCUGGUCCUAUUGAUCCAAAGGAUAUGCGCAAGUACAAAAGUUUCAACAGGUCUGCCAUGCCGUUUGGAGGCUUCGAGAAGGCCAACCAGUUCAUGAAAUUCCAGCUGCCAGAAACUGAGGCCAAACAGGAGCCUGAACCCGCAGUGGUGUACCAACACGACAUCGGCUGCCGGCCUUCCUUCAACCGCACUCCUAUUGGCUGGGUGUGCAGCGGUGAGCCCGAUGGCAUUCAAAUGGAGACAGAUGCUGUGCCCUUCAAUGGAGAGACUGAUGAGCUGUGAAAAAAAUAUUCUUACUGUGAUAACACUCACUGUGCACAUGCACACACGCACACGAGUGCAUGCGUACACGUUAGUAUGCACACACGAUAGAUGAGAUUACAGUUAAUUGUUAUAUUGAGGAAUUUUAAUCUCUAAGUGGGGAUAACUGAACGCGUACAUGAAAUGUGGUUAAUGUUCUUAUUUUGCUCUGUAUUUGGUUGUAAGGCAAAGAAACAAGCUUACCUGGAGAUUUAUUAAAGUUCAUAAGUUGAGUCUAAACACUCAAUUUGUCAGAAAGGUUUUUGUUCUCAUGGAGAAGUUGCAGAUUUUGUCAAUGAGGAAAGAAGGAAUCAAGUAAGAAGGAUAGAUUUAUGCUAUUGUACUGUUGUGCACAGUGUUGGAGUCAAGUUGUUACCAUAUUUGUUAUUUCACAGGGUCUUUUUUUGUUAAGAUUGUUCAUUUGUUGAGCUAUUAAACCCUACAAACCUGUCUAAUUCAUGAUGCAUGCUGAUCCAUUAACUGUACAAACACAGUUUCUCCACAUUAAACUCUUUCAAACUGUAGCAAUAUUCUUGUAGAGUGAAUAAAAUGUCGAGGGAAAUCA